AUGUCCACGCUCCACUCCGACCACAUCAAUUACCUGAUCUGGCGCUACCUGCAAGAACAUGGCCAUGAGACGGCAGCAACAGCGUUCCAACGUGAUUGGCAACGUCCCUAUGACUACCGCGAUCCCGAGAAUCUGCCCUUCGCCAAUGUCGUCAAGCGCGAUGCCUUGAUAUCAGUCGUCCAGGAUGGACUAUACUUUGAUCAACUGAGCUCGGGGACGAGGAAAGGGUUCAGGAAGUAUAGAUGGACGGGCGUCAACCCGAGGGUGGCGGUGGAUGAACAGCAGCGAGCGCUGUCGGUGGGUGGGGAGGAGGAUGCGGAAGGUGAAGAAGUAGAGGACGUGAGGAGUGUUAGCGCCAUCGGUUCCAGACCCGGUAGUAGUGGGAAGAGGAAGGGUCCACCGCCUGUUAUGCGUGCGCCAGACGAGUUCCCAACGCCUGCUGCUAAGAGGCAAAGACGAGACGAGAGUGCGCACGUCAAUGGAGAUGGCGAUGCGAUGGACGUGGACGAGAAGUCGCCUCGAGCGGAGGACGGUGGAGAUGAAGAUGCCGAAGUGGCUUCACUCGAAGGAGGGUCUGAAGGUGGCGUGCCGGAUGCCCAGGAAAGAUAUGAUUCUAUGGACGUCAUGACGCAGACGGAAGUGAAAGUUGGGCCGAAGACGAGUACGAUGUACUGGAAGAUUGACAAACCUGGUGCUACAAUUUACCACAGCAUGUGGAACCCUGAUACCGAUGCUAAAAAUGCUAGGUCCUUACUUACUGUUGGCGAGGGCCUCUGCAGAUUUUACGAAGUCCCCGAAGGACUUGAUGGAACCAGGAUGUCGCAUGUGGACGAUCCGUAUAUGCCUGCUAGUGGCACCGUAACGGCUAGUGCAUGGCAUCCUCACGGUCACAGCGCGACUUGUGCUAUGGAAGCCGCUUUGCAACUCUCCGACAGUGUGAGGAAACCACAUCAUCUUGUUCUGAAUCAUGGACGAGAGCGCGGAAGCACGGUAUGGGAUGCCAAUCCCUGCAUGCUUGAGCCGCCAGGUGUGAUGAUAUGUAUGCGGUACAGUCCCAGCGGAACGUACAUCCUCGGCCUGCGCACGAAUAUGGCUAGAGGAAUGGUCCAGAUCUGGAAAGCACCGUCUGCGCAAGGUGAAGAUGGCGAGGAGGUGCCGUACGAGCCCAUCGCAUAUCGUCUCUUUGAUACACAAGCCCUGGACGCCUGCUGGACCAACGACGAAACCUUCCUCAUCUGUGGCGACAAUCUAGCCGCAGCGUACCAGCUCCAUCCCGGUCAAGAGCGUACCUUCCACCCGCCUGAUCCGAACGGGCGAGGCCUGGUAGAGCGCUCGGGAAGCCUAAUAGGCUUCGUAGACACAUGGGAUAAACUCCGCUACGAUGUCGGUCUGGGAGCUGCCGUCAUCAUAUCCACAGUGACUAAAACCCUGGUCACGAUCCCACUCGACUCGGAUCUGGAGGUGAAUAUGAAGGCGUUUACGAGUAUAGAUGGUCAGCAUGAACUGCCGGGUCAAAUCACAGCCGCAGCUUUCCAGCCUCGAGGACCGAGCUCAGCAGCACCACCUGACCCAGAGGUCGACGAGGAAACGAAGGGAACCCUGAUCGCUUGUACAUUCGCCGAAGGCUUCUGCGUGAUCUACAGCAUCACGCGACCGGAAAAAGGACGCACGGGUUCCUCCAAGGCCUUCUUCCUUCGAUUUCCCGCUGCGGCCCUCGCGCUAGCCUGGUCGGCGAGUGGCAGGUAUCUGGCUGUAGGUGGGACCGAGGCCGUGCAGAUCUACGAUGUGGAGAGCUUCGGUCCUGGCCAGGAGGUCAGGAUGCCUUUGGUCAAUUGGCCUUCGGAUCCGGGCAUGUUUAGGGAGAAGCGGAGGAAUGGUGCGGUCAAUGGGAAUCAUGGUGAGGCGGGUGAAGAGGAGGAGAUGAUGCCGCCUAGUUUGAGUUGGAGUAGUGAUGGGGAGAGUUUGGGGUUUGCUCUUGAGCGGCAGAUUGCUGUGAUACGCUUCAACCCGCCCUUGCAUGGCGAUAAUGUUGGACAACGGCAUGCUAUGACUAACGGCGCGGGCUAG